AUGUGGAGGAGGCUGUGGUAUGGUGGUGUAUUCAAGUUUGGGAGGAGGCAUCCCACUUCUUGGCCUCGUUCAUGGGGGUUUUUGGUUGGAUCUUCACCUACUCCCGCUCAUCCUUCUCCGAAGCCUCUCUGGAGAACUAUUACGUAUUUUUCUGAUCUAUCCCAGUCCAAUAAUGUAGGAGGAGGACUGGGUAACAUAAAGUUUGAACAGGCUAAGAAACUGAUGAGACUGGUGAAUGUGGCAGAACUCAAGGUUAAGCUUGGAGCGGAGGAGAAGGAAGUCAUCGGCUACUCCGAGCUCCUGCAGGUCUGCAAGAGCAUGGGCAUUGUUAGAUCUCUAGAGGAGGCUAUUGCUUUCGCUAUCGUCCUUGAUGACGCCGGAGUCGUCCUUCUCUUCCGCGACAAGGUCUUCCUUCAUCCCGACAAGGUAGUGGAUCAGGUUAGAAGAGCAGUGCCCCUUGCCCUGACUGCUGACUAUGACCCUGUGAGGGAUGAGCUGAAGAUGCUGCAGGAAAGGAAGGAAGAAAUUGAUGUGCUGGCACAUAAGCAGGUUAGGCGAAUCCUUUGGACCGGGCUGGGGGUGGCUGUAGCACUAGUCUCACUCUUCUUCCGGCUGACUUUCUUUGAAUUAUCAUGGGAUGUAACGGGACCCAUUGCAUUUUUUACCACAACCACGGGCAUAGUCGUUGGCUAUGCCUAUUUCCUAUUCACUGCUAGAGAUCCAUCUUACCAAGACCUGAUGAAGAGGCUUUUUCUCUCAAGGCAAACAAAACUGUUCAAGAAGCAUAAUUUUGACAUUAAAAGAUUCAAGGAGUUGCAGCAAAAGUGCAAAACACCUCUAGGUGCAACUACUUCCAUUAAAAAUCGGCUAGGCUUGAAAAUGGAGUUGGGGGAUGCUUUACGUCGGGGCUAACAUGAUUCCUUUUUGACCCCUCUCUUUUAGGCAGGGCCUUGUACUAUUUUUCGUUGCAUUCUGUCUCGUUAACCAUCUUAGUUCCUGCUGUUUUUGGAGGCAAAGCUUUCUAUUUUAUGAGACACAUGGGUUGGGUUACCUUCUCUUUUCUUUUCAGUUUCUGACGCUUGAGAUUGCAGUUUCUCCUCACAAAAGAAAGAC